AUGUCCACCAACAGAUCCGAGAUAAUGCAAAAUGCUGCGGCAAGACGAAAGAAGCAAGCCGAUCUCCUCGCUAGCCUCCCUCCAAACACACUAUACAUCAACCUCUAUAUUCGCUCCGACCCGCCACUCUCAAAUGACUUUCACUGGGCCUUCUACCUCCACUCCGGCACAGCUGAAGCACCAAGCGGAACCAAAUACCACGUACGCGGUAUUAGCGACAGCUGGAUCCCGGGACACGAGAGUACAGCAGGCAUAGUCUCAGAGAACUACCUGUGCGUGAUGAUUCAAAUCGCGACGCUUUCUCCAGGCACUCACAAGAGCGUGGAGCAAAUUAUGAAAAGCUAUGAUGAAAGGCUGAAUUCUAUCACUGGGAUUACUUGUCGAGUCUGGUUGAUUAUGGUUCUACAUGAUCUUGUGGAGAAGGGCUUUGUUCGGUUUGAUGUUGGGAAGUUAGAGAGGGAGUGUUUUCAUUUUGGAAAUGAGUAUAGUUUGUCGGCGACUCUGAAUGAGCAGCCUCGUCCUGUUGUUAAGUCGAUGUUUUCUUCCUGA